AUUUGCAGAUGAAUCAGACUUGUAAAGUCUGCGGUGAACCAGCUGCAGGCUUUCAUUUCGGUGCUUUUACUUGUGAGGGCUGCAAGUCAUUUUUCGGGCGCUCCUAUAAUAAUUUGUCAUCGAUAUCGGACUGUAAGAAUAAUGGCGAGUGCAUCAUUAAUAAGAAGAAUCGUACGGCAUGCAAGGCGUGUCGCUUGCGUAAAUGUUUAAUGGUUGGCAUGUCGAAGAGCGGUUCUCGUUAUGGGCGUCGUUCAAAUUGGUUCAAAAUUCAUUGUCUACUGCAGGAGCAACAGCAACAGGCAGCUGCUGCGAUGGCAGCUCAUCAAAAUCAUCAACAACAACAGCAACAACAGCAGGGCCCGCCAGGUAUGCAUGUGAAAACGCCUGGUAUGCCUACAUCGGCAGCUGCAGCCGCUUUAGGUAUGUUGGGUCAUGCUGGCGGUUAUCCCGGCCUAUAUCCACCGCGUACCAAAGAGGAGUUGAUGAUGUUGAGUUUGGAAGAGUACGCGAAACAUCCGGUUGCCUCGCCUUCUGUUAGUUCGCCGGAUUCUCAUCAUUCGGACAGCUCGGUUGAGGUUAAUGGUAGAGUGGUGAAUGCAGCAGCCCUGCUGCACAUGAGCGGCGGUAAUAAAUUAGUUAGCGUUAGUUGCAACGAAACUCCAGCUACUAGUUCCUCGUCAGGCUCAUUAGGGGGUUUGCCACCGCCUCCUACCGCCCAAUUACGUAAAGAUCUCCCUCAUUUUUUGCCUUUAUCUGCUUUUCCUGGCUUAUCGGCUAUGCCGGUAAUGCCUCCACCUAGCUUUUUACCGCCAUCACAUUUAUUGUUUCCCGGCUAUCAUCCCGCUCUCUAUCAGCAUCAUGCUGCCGCUGGCUUGCUAAAACCCUCGCCUGAACAGCAAGCAGCUGCUGCUGCCGUACAGCAGCUCUUCAACAAUAGUCCUCGCUUUGCUGCUUCGGCUCUGAGCACCGAUAGUCAAAGUUGCAAUACCACAAAAUUGGAGACUAAUCAACACUGCAGAUCGCCACCACCUCGUUCAGAUGCUUUUAAUAAUAACCACUUACCCAAUGGCAAUAAGGCAGCCGAAGAGUUCACUAAACGUUUUUAUUUGGAUGCUGUACUAAAAUCGCAACGUCAAUCCCCACCGCCAGUAGCCACUAGAUUACCUGCUCAUAGUAAACACGAUCAUUCAAUAUCUGCUCUGGUUACUCCCAAUUCUGAGAGUGGUCGAGAACGCUUAACCAGCAGUAGUCGGCAAAGUAACGAUGAAGACGAAGAUGGGGAGGAGGGUUUGCAUACGCAAACGAAUCAGUCAACAACAAACCAAAAUCAUCAUGUCGAUCAGCAAGACUCGUCCAGUAAUGGUCGAGACAGCGACUGUCGAGCAGUGGCGGGCGAAGAAGAACGCGACGAGGAUGACGAAGAAGUUGAUUUAGUAGUGUCGAUGACACCGCCCAGAUCGCCCGUCAACAGUAUAACGGCGCAGCUCUUAAGACCUACCGAAAACACUCCUAUCACUGCCAAUACUGUGACUAGCCAAACAGACGCUCAAGAUAAUCCCAUUGAUUUAAGUAUGAAGGCGAUCACAUCGGUAAUCAGUUCGGCGAGCAGUACAAAAUGCAAUUCGCCCGUCGAAGCGGUGCGCGAAAGUGAUGACGAUUUUGAUUUAAGGCAGAAAUUCCUAAACAAUAAUAAUAACAACAAUGAAAAUAUUGGAGAUAAUAGAAAUGAUGAUCAUUUGUUUGUAACGAGUAAGCCUAAUAACAAAAGGAAGCUUGAGUGUUUAAAUCUGAAUCAGGAGACGUUGACAAAUAAUAAAAUACUUGUAACUGAAGCUGUUGCAACAAAACUUAUAACGACUAAUACAACAGCAGUAACAACAACAGCAACAACAAUAACAACAAAUGACGUUUUAGAUUUAACUAACAAGGUGUAGAAUUUUUUAAUGAUUGAAAGUCUAAAGUCCGCUGAAAAU